AGUUGCCCGGAUUAAAGUUCGGGGAAGAACACUAUCGACUGAGUUGUUCACAUUGCGAGUAGCUCAUUUCGAAGAAGGGCGUUGACAGUAAACCUAAAGGUAGAGAGAUGGCGGAGACGACAGCGGACCCAGAGGUCCGGGCUGCGCCCGUGCAGGCGACAGCCGAACUGUCGGACUUUGCUGAGUAUUUGCUAAGAAUUGUCCCAGCUUUGAUGGAGGACAAGGAUUCAUCUCCUCCUCAGCUAAAGACAACCAUAUUUGAGAAGAGUACAUCUGAAAACAUCAAAAAAUUCCUUGGGGAUCCACAGAUUCCUGUUCUGUUGAUUCAGAGAUCUUCAACGAAGGAUGAGUCAGAAGAGGUUGGUGAAGGCGAUGGAGAGGCCCCUGCUGUAUACACUUUCUCUGUGGAUGUUCACUACACCAGUUCGAAAGUGUCCAGCAUGGUGCUUAUCAAGCGGGGUGCAAUUGUGGAGGCAGAGAAAAGUUUUCCAUCACAGAUCAGGGUCAUGAACUUCAGUGAGGGGUCACCAUACGAAACCCUACAUGCCUAUGUCAGUAAUGCAGUUUCUCCCUUCUUCAAAUCUUACAUCAAGGAAACAGGGAAAGCCGAAAGAGAUGGAGACAAGAUGGCACCAACAGUGGAGAAAAAGAUAUCGGAGCUGGAAAUGGGGCUGUUGCAUUUACAGCAGAACAUUGACAUCCCAGAAAUUAACCUGCCCAUCCAUCCUGUGGUGUCUGCUGUCAUCAAGAAAUGUUCAGAGGAGGGAAGGAAACCCAAGGUGGAGGAUUUUGGUGACAAAGUGGAAGAUGCACAGUUUCUAAAUGCUUUACAGAGUGGAGUGAACAGAUGGAUCAGGGAAAUUCAGAAGGUUACAAAACUGGACAGGGACCCAGCCUCUGGUACAGCCUUACAGGAAAUCAGUUUCUGGCUGAACCUGGAAAGAGCCCUGCUGAGAAUCCAGGAGAAAAGAGAAAGUCCAGAGAUAGUCCUGACAUUGGAGAUUCUGAAACAUGGCAAACGUUUCCAUGCCACUGUCAGUUUUGACACAGAUACAGGCUUGAAGCAAGCAAUGGCCACGGUAAAUGAUUAUAACCAGCUGAUGAAGGACUUUCCCCUGAAUGAUCUUCUGUCUGCAACAGAACUGGACAGAAUUCGUGUAGCUCUGUCUGCCAUAUUCAUCCACCUCCGUAAAAUUCGGCCGACAAAGUACCCUAUUCAGAGGUGUCUGAGGCUUGUGGAGGCCAUAUCAAGGGAUCUUAGCUCACAAUUACUCAAGGUGCUUGGAACACGUCGUUUGAUGCACAUCCCAUAUGAUGAGUUUGAGAAGGUGAUGACAGCAUGUUUUGAAGUGUUUGGGACUUGGGAUGAUGAGUAUGAAAAGCUUCAGGGUCUGCUGAGAGACCUGGUCAAAAAGAAGAGGGAGGAACAUCUACGCAUGGUGUGGAGAGUUAACCCCGCCCACAAACGCCUGCAAGGACGCCUGGAUCAAAUGAAAAAAUUCCGGCGUCAGCAUGAGCAGUUGAGACAGGUGAUUGUUCGAGUGCUGAGGCCAACCACCACUAAACCUACCCAGGCAGGAACCCCGGGACAGGAGGAGGCGGAUGUCAAGGUCGUCAAACCCCUGGUUGACGAGGUGGCUGAUGCUAAUGCCAUUGAGGAGGUCAAUCUGGCAUAUGAGAAUGUAAAGGAAGUGGAUGGACUAGAUGUGUCCAAAGAAGGCUCCGAUUCUUGGGAAGCAGCCAUUAAAAGAUAUGAUGAGAGAAUUGAUCGUGUGGAGACCAGAAUCACGGCCAAGCUGAGGGACCAGCUGGGAACUGCAAAGAAUGCCAAUGAAAUGUUCCGUAUCUUUUCCCGCUUCAAUGCACUGUUUGUCAGACCCCACAUUCGGGGAGCAAUCCGAGAGUACCAAACUCAGCUCAUCCAGAGAGUCAAGGACGAUAUUGAAGCUCUACAUGAGAAAUUCAAGGUUCAAUACAUUCACAGCACUGCCUGCAAGAUGAGUAAAGUCAGAGAUUUGCCUACUGUCUCUGGGAGAAUAGUUUGGUCAAGACAGAUUGAGCACCAGCUUAAUGCAUUGUUGAGUCAUGUGGAAGUGGUCCUUGGAAAAGGCUGGGAAAACCAUGUGGAAGGUCAACAACUGAAGAAUGAUGGGGAAAGCUUCAGACUGAAGCUUAAUACCCAGGAACUGUUUGAAGAUUGGCAAAGAAGGGUCCAAGGCAGACAGUUAGUUGUAACUGGAAGAAUCUUCAGUGUCCAGAGCUUCAAAUCCAAAGUGAUGGGGAAAGGAAAUGUCCUCAAGCUGUGUGUGAAUUUCCAGCCAGAAGUCAUCGCCUUAUCUAAAGAGGUGAGGAAUCUACGAUGGCUCGGAUUCCGAGUUCCCCUUGCCAUUGUCAACAAAGCUCACCAGGCUAACCAGCUCUAUCCAUUUGCUAUAUCUUUGAUAGAAAGUGUGAAGACCUACCAAAGAACUUUAGAAAAGAUCGAAGCAAGAAUAACCAUUGUUUUGCUGGUAGCUGGACUGAGAAAGGAAGUUCAAAAUCUUAUUGGUGAGGGAGUUGGUCUGGUAUGGGAAUCCUACAAGCUAGAACCAUAUGUACUGAGAUUGGCUGAUACAGAAAACAACUUCCAAGAAAAGGUAGAUGAUUUGGUGGCCAUUGAGGAGGAGAUAGAGUUAGAAGUGAAGGCCCUGGAGACCUGUGCUUACAGUAAUGCUGUGUUUACAGAGAUCCUGGGGAAAAUCCAGAAGGCUGUGGACAACCUGAGUCUGCAUUCCUACUCCAAUCUACCCCAGUGGGUGGCCAAACUCGACCAGAGGGUUGAGGCUGCUCUUGCAGGACGAUUAGAGGCUGGGUUAAAGGCCUGGACCCAGACCUUACUGGGUCAGGGACAGUCUGGGUCAGACAAUACUAUGGACACUGAUGAACCCCAAAAACAAGCUCACAAACCUGGUGGGGAUCCACACAUCAAGCCAAUGGUGCAUGAGCUAAGAAUCACCAACCAGUUGAUCUACGUGAAUCCACCAGUGGAGGAGUCCCGAGUUAACAUCAUGCAGGAGCUGUUUGGUUGGGAAGCAGUCAUCACGAGCCUGCCUCGUAUCCGACACUCCAGAUAUCAGGUUGGAUUGGAUGUAGAGUCAGAAUCAGAGAGCACCUAUAGAAAUGUACUGACUAAACUUCCUAGUGGUCAGUUAAUACUAGAGGAUGCCUACUCUGCCAUUCAGUCAGUGAUGAAGGAGUUUGACAAUUACGUCAAGGUUUGGCUUAGAUACCAGUCCCUGUGGGAUUUGAACCCAGAUGUCUUAUACAGUCGGUUGGGACUCAGAAUCAAAUUGUGGAUGAAUACCCUUGAAGAAAUAAAAUCUUCAAGGAAGACAUUUGAUACAUCAGAAACCCAGAAAGAAAUUGGACCUAUUAUUGUACAGUUUGGCAAGGUACAAUCUAAAGUGAGCUUGAAAUAUGACUCAUGGCACAAGGAAGUCCUCAGCAAGUUUGGUAGUCUCCUUGGAAACGAAAUGGUGGACUUCCAUUCUGCUAUUUCCAAGUCCCGGUCCGAGUUGGAGCAGCAGUCCAUUGACACAGCAAACACAUCAGAAGCUGUAGGUCUGAUCACUCAAGUCCAGGCUCUGAAACGUAGGAUGAAGAACUGGGAGAAGCAAGUCAAUAUGUACAAAGAAGGCCAGCGUAUCCUAGAGCGACAGAGGUUCCAGUUCCCGACCAACUGGUUGUACAGUGACAACAUCGAGGGUGAGUGGGGGGCAUUCAAUGACAUCAUGAAGAGGAAGGACUCUUCCAUUCAAACCCAGGUGGCCAGCCUGCAGAUGAAGAUCGUGUCCGAGGAUAAAGUGGUGGAAAGCAAGACCGGCGACCUUCUGGCCGACUGGGACAAAGACAAGCCUGUGGCUGGUGAACUGAAACCAGACGAGGCAAUGAAGGCCUUGACCAUAUUUGAGGGAAAGUUCAGCCGACUAAAGGAAGAGAGAGAAAAUGUGGCUAAAGCUAAGGAGGCUCUGGAACUUUCUGAACCAGGUCAGUUGAGUGCCAGUGAGGAGAGAAUGCAGGUCGCCCAUGAGGAACUGCAGGACCUGAAGGGAGUGUGGGCAGAGCUGUCCAAAAUCUGGGAGCAGAUUGAUGAACUCAAGGAGAAACCAUGGCUGUCUGUACAGCCAAGGAAGAUAAGGCAGUCUAUAGAUGCCUUGCUGAACCAACUGAAGGAACUGCCAUCCCGACUCCGAAGUUAUGCUUCAUAUGACUAUGUCAAAAGAACCUUGCAAGGAUUUGCUAAGGUCAAUGUGCUGGUUGUGGAGUUGAAGUCUGAGGCGCUGAAGGAGAGACACUGGAAACAGCUGACAAAGAAGCUGAACGUUCGAUGGGUGCUGUCAGACCUCACCCUGGGUCACGUGUGGGAUGUUGACCUAAUUAGACAUGAGCCAAUUGUCAGAGACAUCAUCCUCAUUGCCCAGGGAGAAAUGGCUCUCGAGGAAUUCUUGAAACAGGUCAGUGAGGUAUGGAGGAGCUAUGAGCUGGAGCUGGUCAACUACCAGAACAAGUGUCGCCUGAUCAGAGGCUGGGACGAUCUGUUCACCAAGGUCAAGGAGCACAUCAACAGCGUGACGGCCAUGAAACUCUCCCCUUACUACAAGCAAUUUGAAGAGGAUGCUUUGGCUUGGGAAGACAAACUGAAUCGCAUCAACGCCUUGUUUGAUGUCUGGAUUGAUGUACAGAGGAGAUGGGUCUACCUGGAGGGCAUAUUCACCGGGAGCGCCGACAUCAAGGCUCUGCUUCCUGUCGAGACUUCUCGCUUCCAGGGAGUGAGCACUGAGUUCUUGGCUCUGAUGAAGAAGGUGACACGGUCUCCUUUGGUGAUGGACGUGGUCAACAUCGCUAACGUCCAGAAGCAGCUGGAGCGCUUGUCUGACCUCCUGGGGAAAAUCCAGAAAGCUCUUGGAGAGUAUUUGGAGAGAGAAAGAGCCUCGUUCCCAAGAUUCUACUUUGUCGGAGAUGAAGAUUUACUGGAGAUCAUUGGAAACAGUAAAAAUGUUGCCAGGCUUCAAAAACACUUCAAGAAAAUGUUUGCUGGUGUUGCCACCAUCACACUGAACGAGGACAACUCACAAGUGACUGGACUUUUAUCCAAAGAAGGGGAAGAGGUGGUGUUUGCUACCCCCGUGUCCAUUGCUGCCAACCCUAAGAUCAACGAGUGGCUGACCCUGACAGAGAAGGAGAUGAGGGUCACUCUGGCCAAGCUUCUACAGGAGGCAGUCAAGGACAUUGCAGUCUUCAAGUCGGGCCAGAUUGAUGCCAACCUAUACCUACAAUGGAUAGACAAGUUUCAGGCCCAGCUGGUGGUGUUGGCAUCUCAGGUGUCGUGGUCUGAGAGUGUGGAGAAUGCCCUGACCAGUAUCGCCUCGUCCAAGAACCCCUCGGACCUGACUGCUCUGAACGAUGUCCUACAGGUGGUGGACAAUACACUGAAUGUGCUGGCUGACUCUGUUCUACUGGACCAGCCCCCAGUCAGGAGGAAGAAGAUGGAGCACCUGAUUACAGAGCUGGUACAUCAGAGAGAUGUGACAAGAACUCUAGUGAAAAACAAAGUGAACAAUCCCAAGUGUUUUGACUGGUUGUGUCAGAUGAGGUUCUACUUUGACCCCAAGAAUUCGGAUGUGUUGCAGCAGUUGUCCAUUCAGAUGGCCAAUGCUAAGUUCAACUACGGCUUUGAGUACUUGGGAGUACAGGACAAACUGGUCCAGACCCCCCUCACUGACCGAUGUUAUCUGACCAUGACCCAGGCACUAGAGGCCAGACUGGGAGGAUCUCCAUUUGGUCCUGCUGGUACUGGUAAAACUGAGUCUGUGAAAGCUUUGGGAAAUCAGCUCGGAAGAUUUGUGUUGGUCUUCAACUGUGAUGAAAACUUUGAUUUCCAGGCCAUGGGUCGUAUCUUUGUGGGGCUGUGUCAGGUGGGAGCCUGGGGCUGCUUCGAUGAGUUCAACAGGUUGGAGGAGAGAAUGCUGUCCGCUGUGUCCCAGCAGAUCCAGACCAUACAGGAAGCCCUGAAAGACAUGGCUGGCAAAAAGGAAAAGAGUUCCAUGUCAGUUGAACUGAUUGGAAAACAGGUGAGGGUGAAUCCAGACAUGGCCGUAUUCAUCACCAUGAAUCCUGGAUACGCUGGGCGAUCCAAUCUACCAGAUAACCUGAAGAAGUUGUUCAGAAGUUUGGCCAUGACCAAACCCGACAGACAGCUCAUUGCUGAAGUCAUGCUGUACUCUCAAGGAUUCAGAAUGGCUGAAAAACUGGCCAAGAAAAUUGUUCCUUUCUUCAAACUGUGUGAUGAGCAGCUGUCCCCUCAGUCUCACUAUGACUUUGGAUUAAGAGCUCUAAAGAGUGUGCUGGUCAGUGCCGGUAAUCUGAAGAGAGACAAGAUACAGAGGAUUCGAGAGGGAAUGCUGGAGAGAGGCGAAAACGUGGACGAGAGAUCCAUCGCUGAAAAUCUUCCUGAGCAAGAGAUUCUAAUACAGAGUGUUAUGGAGACUGUUGUACCAAAGCUGGUGGCUGAAGACAUCCCACUGCUGUACAGUUUAUUGUCUGAUGUGUUCCCUGGCAUUGAGUAUCAACCAGCAGAGAUGACUGCCCUCCGACGGGAGAUCAAGAAAGUAUGUAAAGAGAGGUACCUCACCUAUGGUGAACAAGAGGAGCAAGGAUCUCAGUGGGUUUCCAAGGUCCUGCAGCUAUUCCAGAUCACAAAUCUCCACCAUGGCCUGAUGAUGGUGGGCCCUAGUGGUAGUGGGAAAUCCAAGGCAUGGCAGGUGUUGUUAAAAGCUCUGGAGAGAUUGGAGGGAACAGAGGGCGUGGCUCAUGUCAUCGACCCAAAGUCAAUUUCAAAAGAGGCUCUCUAUGGAACAUUGGAUCCAAAUACAAGAGAAUGGACUGAUGGUCUGUUUACACAUAUACUAAGAAAGAUCAUUGACAAUGUGAGAGGAGAACUUCAGAAGAGGCAGUGGAUUAUAUUUGACGGUGAUGUAGAUCCAGAGUGGGUAGAAAAUCUGAACUCUGUGCUGGAUGAAAACAAACUUCUGACCUUGCCUAAUGGAGAACGUCUGGGCAUCCCUCCAAAUGUCAGAAUCAUGUUUGAGGUGCAGGAUUUGAAGUUUGCCACCCUGGCCACGGUCAGUAGAUGUGGUAUGGUUUGGUUCAGUGAGGACGUCCUGUCGCCCGAAAUGAUCUACGAAAAUUAUCUCCAGACACUGAAGAAUGUAUCAUUGGAGGAGGGAGAGGAAGAGACACCCAAGACACUUGGGGGAGAGAACGAGGAAACUCUGUCCAAAACCAUUCAGGUUCAGAGAGACUGUGCCACCAUCCUUUCCGCGUUCUUCAGUUCGGACGGUCUGGUGAACCGUGCUUUAGAGUACGCCGUCAGCCUGGACCACAUCAUGGACUUCACUCGCCUUCGAGCCCUCAGCUCGCUGUUCUCAAUGAUCAACCAAGGAGUCAGGAACAUCUUGUCCUACAACAACUCCCAUUCCGACUUCCCGAUGCAGCAAGACCAGGUGGAGAAGUACAUGACCAAGUACCUGAUCUACUCCAUCCUGUGGUCGAUGGCAGGGGACGGACGUCUGAAGAGUCGGCAGGAGCUCGGCGACUUCAUCAAGGGAAUCACAGAUGUCCCUCUACCCCCUACAGCUAACAUGCUCAUCAUUGACUAUGAGGUGUCAAUUUCUGGGGAGUGGAUCCCAUGGACUUCCAAGGUGCCAGUGGUGGAGGUGGAGACCCACAAGGUGGCUGCCCCUGACGUGGUGAUACCCACUGUGGACACAGUCAGGCACGAGGCCCUGCUGUACACCUGGCUGGCCGAACACAAGCCCCUAGUCUUGUGUGGUCCCCCAGGGUCAGGCAAAACUAUGACCUUGUUCAGUGCUCUUAGGUCCCUGCCUGAUAUGGAGGUGGUUGGCCUGAACUUCUCCAGUGCUACCACCCCAGAACUGCUGCUGAAGACAUUUGACCAGUACUGUGAGUACAAACGUACUCCAAAUGGAGUGGUGCUGUCUCCCAUACAGAUGAACAAGUGGCUGGUUCUGUUCUGUGAUGAAAUCAAUCUGCCCAACAUGGAUAAAUACAACACCCAGCGUGUCAUUUCUUUCCUGAGACAGAUGCUUGAGCAUGGCGGGUUCUACAGGACGUCCGAUCACACAUGGGUCAAGUUUGAGCGCAUGCAGUUUGUGGGGGCCUGUAACCCACCCACUGACCCUGGUAGGAAGCCCCUGUCCCACAGAUUCCUGAGACACGUCCCCGUGGUGUAUGUGGAUUAUCCCGGACAGAUUUCACUGACCCAGAUUUACGGAACAUUCAACAGGGCCAUGCUCAGGCUGGUGCCCAGUCUGAAACCCUACGCUGAACCCCUGACCAAUGCAAUGGUGGAGUUCUACCUGAUGUCACAGGAGCGGUUCACCCAGGACAUGCAGCCCCACUAUGUAUACAGUCCCCGUGAGAUGACACGGUGGGUCCGCGGAAUCUGUGAGGCCCUCAGGCCCUUGGACAACCUAGAUGUUGACGGGCUGGUCAGAAUCUGGGCUCACGAAGCUCUAAGGCUUUUCCAAGACAGGCUGAUUGAAGACGAGGAGAGGCGGUGGACAGAUGAGAAUGUGGAUGCUGUGGCGCAGAAGAACUUCCCCAACAUUAACCGGGAGGCCGCCCUGUGUCGACCCAUCCUAUUCAGUAACUGGCUGUCCAAGGACUACAUCCCAGUGGAGAGAGAGAGGCUGAGGGAAUACGUCAAGGCCAGACUAAAGGUUUUCUAUGAGGAGGAGCUGGAUGUACCCUUAGUGUUGUUUGACGAGGUCCUUGACCAUGUGUUGAGAAUUGACAGAAUAUUCCGACAGCCCCAGGGUCAUGUGCUGUUGAUAGGGGUCAGCGGAUCAGGGAAGACCACCCUGUCCAGGUUCGUGGCCUGGAUGAACGGACUGAGCACUUAUCAGAUCAAGGUCCACAACAAGUACUCAGCUGCCGACUUUGAUGAAGAUUUGAGAAAUGUUCUGAGAAGAUCAGGAUGCAAGGAUGAGAAAAUAGCUUUCAUCAUGGAUGAAUCCAACGUCCUAGACUCGGGCUUCCUGGAGAGAAUGAACACCCUGCUGGCUAACGGAGAGGUGCCCGGCCUGUUUGAGGGAGACGAGUACACCACACUGAUGACCCAAUGUAAGGAGGGAGCCCAGAGGGAGGGACUGAUGCUGGACUCUGGGGAAGAGCUAUACAAGUGGUUCACAGGACAGGUCAUCAAGAACCUGCAUGUUGUGUUCACCAUGAACCCCUCCUCAGAGGGACUGAAGGACCGGGCCUCCACCUCACCUGCCUUGUUCAACAGAUGUGUUUUGAACUGGUUUGGUGACUGGUCUAAUGGCGCCUUGUACCAAGUUGGAAGAGAAUUCACCAACAAGAUUGACCUGGAGAAAGGCAACUAUAUGGCUCCCCAAAACAUCCCAGUCAUGUAUAACCUGCCAGUCAACCCCUCACACAGAGAAGUGGUCAUCAAUGCCUUUGUCUUUGUCCAUCUCUCCCUGCAUCAGGCCAACUCCAGGGUCCUAAAGAGAGGAGGCAGAAUCACCUCAGUAACUCCCCGACACUACCUGGACUUCAUCAACCACUUUGCCAAGUUGUACAAUGAGAAGCGCUCAGACUUGGAGGAGCAACAGCUUCACCUGAACAUUGGUCUUCAGAAGAUCAAGGAGACAGUGGAACAGGUGGAGGAGCUACAGAAGUCGCUCUCUGUAAAACGGCUGGAGCUGGAGGAAAAGAACUCGGCCGCAAACGCCAAGCUCAAGCAAAUGGUCAAAGACCAACAAGAAGCUGAAGCCAAGAAAGUAAUGUCCCAGGACAUCCAGACGGCCCUGAUGGAGCAGACCAAGGUCAUAGAUGUGAAACAACACGAUGUCAAGGCGGACCUGGCGCAGGUCGAGCCAGCUGUCAUUGAAGCCCAGCAAGCUGUUAAGUCCAUCAAGAAACAACACUUAGUUGAGGUCAAGUCUUUGCCCAACCCCCCACCAGUUGUGAAAAUUGCCAUUGAAUCUAUAUGUACCCUGUUGGGAGAAACCGACUUAGAGUGGAAGUCACUCCGCGGUAUCAUCAUGCGUGAGAACUUUAUCUCCACAAUUGUCCAUUUCACAACCGACGACAUCUCGGAUGAAAUUCGUUCAAAGAUGAAGAACAAGUACCUUUCUAACCCAGACUACAACUACGAGAAGGUGAACAGAGCCAGCUUGGCCUGUGGUCCUAUGGUUAAAUGGGCCAUUGCACAGAUUAAUUACGCUGACAUGCUGAAGAGGAUCGAUCCACUGAGGAACGAACUAAAGGACCUAGAGACACAGGCCCAGGAGAACCAGCAGAAGGCAGAGGAGGUAAACAAGACCAUAGCCGGCCUGGAGAAGAGCAUAGCCCGCUACAAGGAGGAGUACGCCUUGCUGAUCAGUCAGGCCCAGGCCAUCAAGACAGACCUGUCCAACGUGGAGGCAAAGGUGGAGAGAAGUAUUGCCUUGUUGAAGAGUUUGGAUGAUGAGAAACAGAGAUGGGAGUCCAGCAGCGAGACAUUCAAGAGCCAGAUGUCCACCAUUGUGGGAGAUGUGCUCCUCUCCUCAGCAUUCAUGGCAUAUGCAGGGUACUUUGAUCAGCAGAUGAGGAGGAACCUAUUUACAUCUUGGACAUCACAUCUGCAGACUGCCAGUUUACAGUUCAGGAGUGACCUAGCCAGAGUUGAAUACCUGUCCAAUGCAGAUGAGAGGGCCAGAUGGACCGCCAAUACUUUGCCGGCUGAUGACUUGUGUACAGAGAAUGCCAUCAUGUUGAAGAGGUUCAACAGGUACCCCCUGGUCAUCGACCCUUCGGGACAGGCCACAGAGUUCCUCAUGAAUGAGUACAAGGAGAAGAGCAUCAAAAAGACAAGUUUCCUGGAUGAUGCAUUUAGAAAGAAUCUUGAGAGUGCAAUCAGAUUUGGAAACCCUCUACUUGUGCAGGAUGUGGAGAGCUAUGACCCUAUCCUGAACCCUGUGUUGAACCGUGAGUUGAGGAAGACUGGAGGACGUAUAUUGAUUACCCUGGGAGAUCAAGAGAUUGAUUUCUUCCCAAAAUUCACCAUCUUCCUCUCAACCAGGAACCCUAAUGCUGACUUCCCUCCAGAUUUGUGCUCUAGGGUGACUUUUGUCAACUUCACAGUAACCAGAGGAAGUUUACAAGACCAGUGCUUGAACCAGGUGUUGAAGUCUGAGAGACCAGAUGUUGAUGCCAAGAGAUCAGACCUUUUGAAAUUACAAGGUGAAUUCCAGUUGAAACUCCGCCAUUUGGAGAAGUCCCUGCUCCAAGCCCUGAACGCGUCUAAGGGUAAGAUCCUGGACGAUGACAGCAUCAUCAGUCACCUUGAGACCCUGAAGAAGGAAGCGUCAGAGGUGGCCCGUAAGGUGGAGGAGACGGAUGUGAUAAUGGCAGAGGUAGAGACCACGUCCCAGCAGUACGUUUCCCUGGCCACUUCCUGUAGCAGCAUCUACUUCUCCAUGGAGGCUCUCCAACAGGUUCACUUCCUGUACCAGUACUCGCUACAACUGUUCCUGGAGAUUUUCCACUCAGUGCUGCAGAGUAACAAACUGACCGGGGUCAAGGAGUAUGCCGCCCGUCUCUCCAUCAUCACCAAUGAACUGUUCCAGGAAACAUAUAACAGGGUUGGAAGAGGCAUGUUGUAUGAAGACAGAGUCACUUUUGCCAUCCAGCUGGCUAGAAUCUAUCUGAAGGGAAUGCCAAGUGAGUCAACCUAUGAGGACGAGUUCAUCAUGUUCAUGAGGAGUCAAGAGGCCCUGCUUGGACUCGGGGAGAAAUCUGCGCCCCAAAUUAAGGGGUUAUCGCCACAGCAACAAUCGGCCAUGAUGAGGCUCACCAAACAUCGAGCUUUCAAAGACCUUGUACAGAAGGUCAAGGAUAGUCCAGAAUUCCAGUCAUGGUUGGAUAGUGCUACUCCUGAACUGGAUGUUGUACCAGUAUGGAAUGAAGAUAAAUCAUUCAGCCCGGUCUGUAAGGCUGUGCAUGGACUGUUGACCAUCCAGGCCUUUAGACCUGACAGAACCACAUCCAUGGCUCGUGUGUUCGUGGAGAAGGUCCUCGGAAACACCUUCUUACACACUGCAGAAAAGGAGCUUCAGCUGUCCUCCAUUGUUGAGAAUGAGAUAAAAGCCAACACCCCUGUCUUGAUGUGUUCCGUGCCAGGAUACGAUGCCAGUGGAUGGGUCGAUGACCUGGCUGCAGAGUUGGGAAAACAGCUGACGUCUAUCGCAAUUGGUUCCGCUGAGGGAUUUACCCAGGCUGACAAAGCCAUCAAUGCCUCCAGCAAAUCAGGUCGCUGGGUCAUGCUGAAGAAUGUCCACCUGGCCCCCAACUGGCUGGUGUCCCUGGAGAAGAAGCUCCACAGCCUGACCCCCCACCCCAACUUCAGGCUGUUCCUGACCAUGGAGAUCAACCCCAGGCUUCCCUCCAACCUAUUGCGAGCUGGACGUAUCUUUGUGUUUGAGCCCCCACCAGGAGUAUCUGCUAACUUGUCCAGGACUUUCAACACCGUUCCAGCAUCGCGCAUGUGCAGGACUCCCAAUGAGAGAUCCCGUCUCUACUUCCUGUUGGCCUGGCUCCAUGCUAUUGUACAGGAGAGGAUGAGAUACACGCCCCUUGGAUGGGCCAAGAAAUACGAGUUUACCGAGUCUGACCUGAAAGUGGCCUGUGACAUGCUUGAUACCUGGAUUGACUCUGUUGCUAUGGGACGAACCAAUCUUCCUCCAGAAAAAGUUCCAUGGGAUGCCAUUAAAACUCUGCUUUCGCAGUGUAUUUAUGGAGGCAAAAUCGACAAUGAGUUUGAUCAGAGACUGUUGACCACUUUCAUUGAGAAGUUGUUCACACCCAAGAGCUUUGAGGGUGAAUUCACUCUGGUGGGUAAUGUAGAUGGACAUGGAAAGAAGAUCAUCAUGCCUGAUGGAGUCCAGAGAGAGCAGUUUGUACAGUUUGCCGACAUCCUGGAGAAUGACAGUCAGACUCCGGCCUGGCUGGGUCUGCCCAACAAUGCCGAGAAGGUGCUGAGAACCAACCUAGGAUCCAACCUGAUAGCGAAGUUGAUGAAGAUGCAGCUGAUGGAGGAGGAUGAUGACCUGGCCUAUGGGGCUUCCCCCGACGACGAGGACAAGGUGAUGGCCGACGGUCGGCCCGCCUGGAUGAGGACCCUCCACACCUCCGUGUCCACCUGGAUGUCCCUGAUCCCCAAGAUUUCUGUUUUUAAAGAAGGACAGGCAGUUGGAGCCCUGAAGAGGACAGCUGACAACAUCAAAGACCCCCUGUUCCGCUUCUUUGAGAGAGAGGUCAACCUUGGGGCACGGCUGUUACAGGACAUACGCCAGGACCUACAGGACGUGAUGUUGAUCUGUCAGGCUGACAAGAAGCCCACCAACCACCACCGCUCCAUGAUGGCUGACCUGUCCAGAGGUAUUAUCCCUCAGUCGUGGAGAAGAUACACAGUACCUCAGGGUAUCACUGUGAUCCAGUGGAUCACCGACUUCUCCCUCAGAGUCAAACAGCUCCAGGCCAUUGUCCAGACCACCCAGCAGGGAGGCACCAAGGAACUCAAGAAUUUCAAUGUCUGGUUGGGAGGCCUGUUUAUUCCUGAGGCGUACAUCACCGCCACCAGACAAUACGUGGCCCAGGCCAACAGCUGGUCUCUGGAGGAGCUCUACCUGGAUGUGAGAGUCUUGGAUAAUGCUGGGGAGUCGAUGGAUGCCUGCAGCUUCAGUGUUAAAGGUCUAAAGCUCCAGGGAGCUACCUGUAAGAAGAACAAGCUACAGCUCAGCACCACAAUCUCCACUGAGCUGCCAGUCACCCUGCUCCGCUGGAUCAGUGUCUAUACCAGGACCGAUGCAGACAAAGUGGUGGCGGGUAAGGUGACCCUCCCAGUCUAUCUGAACGCCACCCGCUCCCACCUACUGUUCACGCUGGACUUUGACACGGAGGGAGAAGGGUCGGGCAAGGACCACAGCUUCUACGAGAGGGGAGUGGCCAUCAUCUCCUCAGAUCUGGGAUAAAUGUGACUAAUAAACUUUAGUGUUGUCUGACUGACAGUAACCUAAUGUUUUGUCUAGCAUAUGAGAAUGUGCAUAUUAAGACAUUUAAUGGUAAAAUAGCAUUUGAAAAAAGGAUUUUUGAUAACUGUGAAAGAUCUUUAUGAAAAUAUUAUUUAUUGUCUAUUUUUUGCAUUUGCAUUUGCACAGGAAAAUGUAAAGUGUACAUUAUUUUAGUUGCUAGAUUUGAUAUUAAUAUCAUAAAUUUAAAUAUUAAGUUUUGUGGCAGUGGGUUUUGAACUUGAAAUAUAUUUUAUUUUGAUCAAGUGUUCAGAUUUGUGUUUCUCAAGGUGGUAUAGGACACCUGUCGAUAUUAUUGUUAGUAAUAGUACAUAAGCAAAAUACUUUAACCAGUUUAGUUUUUUCAAAUUUUAAAAUAUUUGGCCAAAGAAUAUACAUGUAUUUUUUUAAAAUUGUUGGAACGGUUAGAAUUAUAAAAGCUUCAGACUUGCCUCUUACAGAUUGUUAGAUAACACUCUGGGAAAGAAAACAUUUAUAGAAUUAUAUUUGAUUUAAUUGUUCAUUUCAAUAUGAAGUACAAUGUCACAAUAUGGAGGUGUCCUAUACUACAUGUACCUUAAAGGGACUUGGACACGAUUUGAGAUCAAAUAUUUUAUUUUUUUGUUUUGUUUUGAAUAUAUUUUAUUGACUAAACAAAAGGAUCAGAAAAAAGUUCUAAAACUUAUAAGUUCCUCUUUAUUUUUAUUAUGUAUAAAAUUGUUUACUGGUGCAUUUUAAAUGAUUGACCAAAAUAUUGAAAGUUAAAGUCUGUCAAGUUACAAGCGAGAUACAGAGGUAAGAAUUGAUUGUUGUGUAAACGAAGCUCGAAUCUUAUAGUUGUUUACAAAAAUGUAAAGUAGAGAAUUGCCAUUUUUAGACAAAAUGACAUGUAAAAAACAAUUUAAACUAAUUCAAUAUCUUCAUAAAUACUAUUAUCAACAAAAGAAAGUAACAUUUGAUUGAAACUUACACCAAUACAACACAUAAUUAUGUAAAAAAAAGAAGACAAUAUUCGAGCUCUGUUUACAAAACAAAGAAUUAUGAACUCUGUAUCUUGCUUAUAACUUGAUAUUUGACCAAUUUUGACGUAGCAUUAUGAACUUCUAUAUUUAUCAUUAUAAACAUUAAAAAUGGAAAAAUAAAAUUUGAAAAUUUUAAGUCAAAUCGUGUCCAAGUCCCUUAUAAUUUUGGAAUUUUUUUUUAUAUCUGAUGUAUUAGAAUUUAUUAAUUUUGGUAAGGACUAUCUUUUGCUUAUUAAAUAUAUCUAGCUUG